GAAACCCACUGCUUCUCAACUCCUCCAUGCAGCCUGACCUGACAGUGGGACGAGCAUACAGCACGCCGCUCUGCUUCCACGACAGCGCAGACAAAGAGCUUUUCGACCCCCUGCCGGACAUAAAGGUCAAAGUUCAGAGCUCCUUCAUGGUUUCUCUGGGUGUGGCUGAGCGUGCAGAGUUCCACAACAAAAUUCCUGCCAAGACAUUUCCACAUGACCUGGGCUGUGAUUACUGCAGCACUGUGGACUCCCACAAAAACGGCCUGCUCACACUCAACGGGCCCUUUAGCGCCAGCAGAGAGCAGCUGAAGACCAGCGGUGURUUCAGCCACGUCGGGGGACGGCUACUGGUGCCAAAUACAGGGGUCAGUCUACUCGUUCCUCCUGGAGCUGUGGCUGAAAAUAUGUCCCGGGAGAUGUACGUGCUCAUCAAUCUAGGAGAGGCAAGUCUCCAAACUGUGGGAAGCUGUGAAAUCCUCCUGGGUCCAGAGGUGACGUACGGUCCUCCAGGCAUGGAUCUCUUUUGCCCUGUUGCCAUGACAGUUGCCCACUGUGCCGAGGUGGACUCAGAGAACUGGAACAUCCAGCUGAGGAGGAAAACCCAGGACAGYAAAUGGGAGGAAGUGAUGUCAGUAGAGCAGGAAUCAACUUCCUGUUACUGCCUUAUGGACUCAAGCAGCUGCCACCUGCUGCUGGACCGACCGGGCUCAUACGCCCUGGUUGGGGAGCCCCUGACACAGGCUGCYGUGAAAAGACUGAAGCUGGCCGUGUUUGGGAGCUCAGAGGCGGGCUCCUUGAGCUACAACCUGCGCGUGUACUGUGUGGAUGACACGCCACAUGCCUUUCAGGGAGUGGUGGCUGCAGAGAGGACCAGAGGGGGUCAGCUCCUCGAAGAGCCAAAGAUGUUGCCUUUCCGAGCMAAUACCUUCAGCCUCCAGGUGUCCAUCCAGGAUGUCCCCCAGUUCCUGUGGAGCAUCAAACCCUUUACCACAUGUCAGGAGUUCUCCUUCCCCCAAGUGUGGUGCAGCAACCAGCAGCCCCUGCACUGUGCCUUCUCACUGGAGAGAUCCAGCCCCGCCACCACUCAGCUCUCCUGCAAACUCAGCGUGCGCCAGGUCAAAGGUCAGGAGCAGAUCCUGCAGGUCUACACGGCCGUGGCUGAGGGGGACAAGGAUCCAGUUCCUUAUUUUAUGCAGACAGACUGCACCGUCACAGCCCAAACGGGGCCCAGGGCCUUCAAAGUYCCCGUGUCCAUCCGCCAGAGGAUCUGUGCUACCUUCGACACUGCCAACGCUACGGGCAAGGACUGGCAGCUCUUAGCCCAGAAACUCCACUUAGACCGAAACCUGGGCUUCUUUGCCAAGCAGCAGAGUCCCUCUGCAGUCAUCCUGAGCCUGUGGGAGGCUCGACACCAGGACACCGCUGACCUGGACUCUCUGGCCAGCGCUCUGGAAGAGAUUGGCAAGAUCCACUCCAGAAACUCCCCAAAGGAAGGGGAGGAACCAGAGCCCGAUGUCAGUCUGUGUGAAGUGGAUAAACUGUGUAACCAGCAGAGUGACGCCUCUGUUCCUGAGUAUACAGACUGACAGACGUGGAUCUGAAGGUCAGAGGUCAUCGGUGAGAGGACAGUGGCAGCUGUCAGAA